UUCUGCUGCGUCUCUUCCCUUGGGUCUAGGCUGGCCCAUUUGUGUUUGAACGGGCAAGUCCAAGCCGAGCCCGCAGGAUACACACACACACUACAGCUUUAUAGACAGACAAAUGCCCACUCUGACACACACACACACACACACACACACCUGGCCUCUGCCCCAGCCUGGCUAAUAUAAAUACACCCUAUCCUUCCACAGACUGUGUGUUCAGCUGUUGAUUUGCUGAAGGCAAUUCUUUUUUCCGUUACACAAACAAAUAAACGGAAUUAAUGUUUGUCAUCGGGGUACAAAUUGCCACCCAACUGUUCCCCGCAGAGCGAGUCACACUUUCCUUCAGAGGAAGCACUGAGCGCGGAACAACAACACACCCAUUCAUCUCUAACAAUUAGCACCAGAAGCAUGUUGAUUUAAGCCCUUGCUUUUUCAGGCUACAUUUUUUUUUUUAAUUUUUUUUUUUAUCUCGAUUUCCCCGUCUCUCCUUUCUCUCCUGCUUGAGCAGCUUUUAUGGAGAAGCAUUGCAUUGUGGUUCCUGUGUGUUUGCAGCUGAGGCUGAGGCAGAGGCAGAGGCUGAGGCAGAGGCAGAGCCAGGGCCCCCCCCCAGGCGUGAGGUCCCCCCAGGGCGGGAGAGGCCCCCCAGGGAUGACGUGGGGACGCUGCGGGCAGCAGACAGAGAGCUCCGCAGGCCCCCCCCUGGCAGAGGACACUGAGCCCCUGCUGGCCAUCUGCGCCGCCAUGUUGGCCCCUCACAUGUCUCUCUCCUCCGCUGGGCAAUACUAUCCUAUCGUCUGCCCUCUCCUGUCCACUUACAGAAGGUGCCACGUGAUGAUGGUAGAAUCAGCAACUGAGAACAUUCGAACAACGCCCUCCAAUCAGAAUGGAGUCAGCAGCCUGAGCAGCCAAUCAGAUAGUGGGGGGUCCAAUGGCGAUGCCAAUGGCGAGAUCAGCCCAGUGGACUUACUGCAUCUCCAACAGCAGCAGGCCCUGCAGGCAGCGCGUCAGUUCCUCCUACAGCAGGCCACCGGCCUCAGCUCCCCCGGCAGUAACGAGGUCAAACAGAGCUUGCAGGUGCCGUUGUCCAUGGCGAUGAUGACCCCACAGAUGAUCACUCCUCAGCAGAUGCAGCAGAUCCUCUCUCCGCCUCAGCUGCAGGCCCUGCUCCAGCAGCAACAGGCCCUCAUGCUGCAGCAGCAGCAGCAGACUGUAAAUAGCUCCGUUUUUAUGGAGUGGACACACAGAGACAUGAUCGCCUCGACCCUACCAGCAGUAAAUAGAUUGAGAAAGCUGCAGGAGUAUUAUAAGAAACAGCAGGAGCAACUUCACCUUCAGCUUCUCACCCAGCAGCAGCAGCAGCAGGCGGGGAAGCAGGCCAAAGAGCAGCAGUUGGGCAGUAAGCAGCUGGCCUUUCAGCAGCAGUUGAUCCAGAUGCAGCAGCUGCAGCAGCAGCACAUCCUCAACCUGCAGAGGCAAGGCCUGGUGGGCCUACAGCCUGGACAGGGUGCUGUCCCUAUACAGAGCCUGCAGCAAGCCAUGUGUCCCCCGGAGCUCCAGCAGCUGUGGAAGGACGUGGCGGGCGUCCCGAGUGCGGAGGAGCCGGUGAAGCACGAGGGCCUGGACCUGAGCACCAACAGCUCCAACUCUACCUCAUACUCCGCCUCCAAGGCCUCACCUCAGAUCUCACACCACCCGCUGACCAACGGACAGAACCCCCUACACACUCCAAAGAGAGACAGAGCAAGACUCUUUGAGUGGAUCUCGUCCUUCACCAAGGAGAGCAGCGACGAGCAUCUCACGCCUUAUUCCAAAGGCUCCAGUGCUCACCCACAGCAUGAGGAGCACUCGGGCACACACCCCCUCUACGGACACGGAGAGUGCAAGUGGCCCGGCUGUGAGGCGCUCUGCGAGGACAUGGGACAAUUCCUCAAGCAUCUGAACAAUGAGCACGCUCUUGAUGACCGCAGUACAGCCCAGUGCAGAGUGCAGAUGCAGGUGGUCCAGCAACUUGAGAUACAGCUGGCCAAGGAAAGUGAACGUUUGCAGGCUAUGAUGACCCACCUGCACAUGCGCCCUUCAGAGCCAAAGCCUUUCAACCAACCUCUAAACCUGGCCUCCAGUGCUUCCCUGCUGAAGCGGGACAGUGAGGCGUACCCAGAGGGCUUACCUCACCCGCCCACCUCGGCGGCUGCACCAAUCACACCGCUCCGCCAGGGCCCGUCCGUCAUUAGCUCCUCCUCCCUGCACGGCCCAGUAGGGCCCAUCCGCAGACGCAACUCCGACAAGUACUGCACCCCCAUCGCCUCAGAACUGGCGCAGAAUUGUGAAUUCUACAAGAACGCGGAUGUCAGACCCCCAUUCACCUAUGCCUCACUUAUACGGCAUGCCAUCUUGGAAGCUCCAGAUAGACAGCUGACCCUCAACGAGAUCUACAACUGGUUUACACGAAUGUUCGCCUACUUCAGGAGAAACACAGCCACAUGGAAGAAUGCCGUGCGCCACAACCUGAGCCUGCAUAAGUGUUUUGUGCGCGUGGAGAAUGUCAAAGGGGCCGUGUGGACCGUGGAUGAAGUGGAAUACCAAAAGAGGAGACCACCAAAGAUGACCGGGUGUGUGUCAGGAAGCCCCACCCUUGUGAAGAACAUGAUUUCAGGCCUCGGUUUCGGAUCCCUCAACGCCAGCUACCAGGCAGCACUUACAGAGGGCAGUCUGAACCUGUUCAACAGCUCAACAAUGGCGGCGCUUGCGGAGAGCAGUCUGAGCCUGCUGAACAGCCCCUCUCUGGUGAACAGCACAGGAGGCAGCCUCAACAUGCUCCACGUCGGACACGAUGACGUCAGCAGCACCGUGGAGCAGGUCAACAGCAACGGCAGCUGCAGCCCUGGCCUCUCUCCACAGCAGUACGGACACCAGAUCCAUGUGAAGGAGGAACCCACUGAGAUGGAGGAGGACUGCAGGCCCGUGUCCCUGAUGGCCAGCGUCUCCCACAACCUGAGCAUGGCCGCCGACAUGGAGCGGGACAUGGAGGAGGAGCUACCCACGGAGGAGCUGGAGUAGAUUGGCUGACGGCUGAAGAGGGGGGCGGCGCCUUGCGGCCUCAGCUGCCCCCUAUAUAUAAGGAGGAGGAUGAGGAGGAGAGAUGAAAUGACCACAAACCAAGUGAGGAAGAAAAAAAAAAGAUUGGAAACAACAACAAUGUCAAAUAAAACCAAAACAGGGUUAGACCUUACCUGCUCUUAAAUGCAAAAAUGACAGAACACCACUUUAUUUUACACCCCCAUUUUAGAAUGCCCCUCUUUCUUUCAUCCUGUAAGUGUAUACAACCCCAAACCCCCCCCCCUCCCAACCCCGACCCUGGAUCUCCCAACACAAGCUCUUUGUCCACCGCAGUCCCAUAGUUACAGUAUCCAGGUGGAGUCAUAGAGAUGGUUGUCACGGUAUCCAGGGGGAUUGUAGUUGUUAAGUUGUUGUUCAGUGCUGGUGUUGCUUUGGAACCAGAAAAAGUUCAAUAUACAUACAGGUGUGUGAGUGUUUGCUAGGCAUACACAUAAGGUUGUCAUUGUUUUUAGGUCCCCAAGAGUUCUAUCUCUCUUGUUUUUGUUUUUGUUUGUUUUUUUAGUGCUAUUUUUUUUUUUUGUAUUGCGUACAAACACUGCUUUUGCUUGCGGACGGAAGAACAGCGGUGGCCCUGGCGCAGACAGAUGGACUAUUUUAACCCUGCGCACCCCGAGGGCCAGGGACCUCCACAGGGGGCCGGUCUGAGAGGGACGCCACGGCACUGACAAAGUUGAUCAUUUUAUUAGAAGGCGACAAGUGAGAACUCACGCAUCCACAUGGCCAA